AUGGAGGGUUCUAAACCACGUUUAGUUCCAUCAACAAGAUUUACAUUGUCUUUGGCAAUGUUUUUCGGAUGUCUUGUUACUUAUAUGAUGAGAACUAAUAUGUCGUUUGCUAUUGUUUGUAUGGUUAACGAAACUAAGCCAAUAAUUUCGAUUGAUAAUACGAGUUUGCUUAUUGGUGAAGACAAGAUAAUGAAAUGUGGAAAAGAAGUUGUGGCCAACAAAAAAUCAGAGGUAAAACUAUUUAUUUACUGGGAAAAGGAUGUUUUGUGUUUUUGGGAAUCGAAAGAGAAUAUUUCAAAAUGAAAAACAAAGCUAAAAUUUAAAUUAUGAUUCUACGCGAUAAAAUUUAGUCUAGAAAAGUUUGUUUUCCACACUGGAAAAUUUUUGGCGUGGAAAUUUUUUUUUAGAAAUUUUACCCCGAUUGCAACUCAUGUGUUCAUAUCAAAAAUGUUCGCCGGUUUCAAUAUUUUUUCAAAUUAGAAAUGCCCGAAUUUCAUUUUUAAUUUUUGGCGAACAAAAAAUUUUAUAGCGUGACCUAAAAAUAUUGUACUCAAAUAUACGUGUAUUUCAAUAUUGAAAAAUUUAUUUCUGAAUUUUUGUAAUUUUGCAUCCCGUAACAAGAAUUCCACAGUUUCACCAGCUUAUCGGAAUGCUAUAGUUACAGUACUCGAAAUCUGCCACGUCAUAGGUUUUGGGAGUGAGUUAGGAUAAUUGAAAUUACUCAAAAAUGACUCAUUCUUUCUCAAUUCAAAAGUAUGUUUUCUAGAUAGUCGGUGAAUUCGAUUGGGACAAAAAGACAUCUGGAAUGAUUCUCUCCUCAUUUUUCUAUGGUUAUCUUGGCAGUCAAAUUCUUGGCGGAUAUCUCGCCUCAAAAUACGGUGGAAAACGUGUCGUUUUUGUGACAAUUCUCGGAAGUUCACUUUUGACUUUGGCGAAUCCAGUUGCUGCGAGAACUUCUGAAUAUGCAUUGGCUUUUGUGAGAGCUGCUAUUGGAUUUUUACAGGUUUGAAUCGGAAAAAUUUGAUUUUUUAUCAAAAUAUGUUUUUCUAGGGUGCAACUUUCCCAGCAAUGCAUACAAUGUGGUCUGUUUGGGGACCACCAUUAGAAUUAUCAGUUUUGACUGGUGUCACAUAUGCCGGUGCUCAAAUUGGAAAUGUAAUUGUUCUCCCACUUUCCGGUCUUCUUUGUCAAUAUGGUUUUGAUGGUGGAUGGCCAUCAAUCUUCUAUUUGAUUGGAGUAUUUGGUGUUGUUUGGUGUGCAACAUGGUGGUAUUUAUCUUCUGAUAAACCAGCAACUCAUCCACGUAUCUCAGCUGCCGAAAAAGAAUAUAUUGUGAAAGCAGUUGAAGAGAGUAUGGGAAAAGAUACUGGAAAAGCACCACCAACUCCAUGGGUCAAAAUUCUGACAUCACCUGCCGUUUGGGCUUGUUGGGCUGGACAUUUUGCUGGAGAUUGGGGAGCAUAUACAAUGCUCGUCUCAUUGCCAUCGUUUUUGAAAGAUGUUCUUGGAUUGGAUUUAUCUUCGGUUUGUUUUUUGUGAUCUUAAAAUGAUUGGGGCGGGGCUUAUUUGUAUUAGAAAACAUAUUUUCAUAAAUUUUAUUAGAUGAUUUUUUGCGAUCAUGAUGUAUUUUGGGAAAAAUAUCCCAAAAGUUCAAUUAAAAUUCAAAACAGCAACAAUUCAAAAAAAAAACCUCUCAAAACUUGCACUUUCUGAACUUGGACGGACCAAUUUUAUGUGUGAUUUUUCCGUUCAUAAAACCAUACCAAUAUUUCAGAAAUCCCAAAAAAUCAGAAUUGCUAACUCAAAAAAAAUGUUUUGCAAUCUCGAAAUUCCGAAAAUAAAAUCAAAUUUCAUUGCGACUCUCCCUGCCCAGGUUUAUUUUUCAUUCCGAUAUUUUUUCAGCUUGGUGUUAUUGCCUCAAUACCAUAUAUCGCAUAUUUCAUCGCAAUCAACAUUGGCGGUAUUUUGGCUGACACACUUCGCGCGAAAGGUGUUCUUUCUACUUUGAACACUCGAAGAGCUGCAAUGCUUGUUGCUUUGAUUGGACAAGGUCUUUUCCUUGUUGCUGCUGGAUAUUGUGGAUGUGGACAAGAUGUUGGUUUUUUUUUGAAAUACUAAAAACUUUUAUUAUUUUGUAUUUUCAGAUCUUGGUUAUUUUCUUUAUCACUUGUGGAAUGGCAAUCUCUGGUCUUCAAUAUUCUGGAUUCGUUGUCAAUUAUUUGGAAAUCGCUCCACCAUUUUCCGGAACAGUUAUGGGAACUGGAAACACAUUGUCCGCGUUGGCUGGAAUUAUUUCACCAUCAGUCACAAGUAUUUUGACACCUAAUGUGAGUUUUUUUUUUCGAUUUCUGUCUUAAAAAUAGAGCAUCUUGUUCAGGGAACUCAAGAAGAAUGGCAAAUUGUUCUUUGGCUCACCGCUGGAAUUCUUACCACUGGAGCCUUGAUCUUCACAAUAUUCGCUUCUGGAGAAGUUCAACCAUGGGCUAGAUUGACAGCUGAAGAAGGACAUGAAAUGGCUCCACUUCGACCAGGCGAAAAAGUUGAAGUUGCAUAA